CGCCCGUUGCAACAACUCAGCAACGACUCAAAAACAGCUGCAUUUAACGCGAUUUGAUUUGCGAUUUGUGUCCUUUCUUUUAUGAGAUGAUAUGCCGACUCUGCCUGGAGGAUGCUGAGCACGGGGUGCCCAUUUUCGGCCAGGAUGCGUCAACGGCGCAACCGGCCCUGCGCCAGCUGGCGGAGCUGAUCGAGCGACAUCUGCAGCUGGUGUUGGCGGCAAACGAUGCGGUGUCCACAUGCCUGUGUAACCGUUGCUGGAGGCAGCUGGCCGAGAUCGAGCACUUCUGCUCCAUGGUGGCAGACAAGCAGCGUUCGCUGCACCGCUCGCUGCAGCUCAAGACGGAACUGCCGGAGCUGCCUGAACUGGCGGAACCGGAGCCCGCCCUGGUCGUGUGGAACACGGAGUCGCCCAUCGAGCCGAAGCUCAGUUAUGAGGGCGACGACAUCAAGGAUCACAUUCUGUGCGAACCGGUCAUCGAUGCCUUGUCCGCCGGCGAUGAAAAGGACAGCGACUAUGGCGACACCUUUGAGCCGGACUUUGAGCCAGAAUUGCAGCCGGAGGACGAGCCAGAGCCGGAUCCGGUGAAACCACGCCCUAGAGGAAGGCCACGGAAAACGCCGCUGCAGCAGACGCAUCAGAUCAUCAAGAGGAAGUACGAGAAGCGCAAGCAGCAGAACAAGGUCAAGAUCACAGAGCUAUCUUUGAGGGAGUCUAGAGCCAGGUUAAGAGAGCUAAAACGCAGCAGUACUGGAGCAGAAGAGGAUCAGGAGGAGGACGACGAUGAGGAGGAGGAUGCAGAGACAGAAACGGCUCCAGAUGCUGACGAGCAGCCAAAGCCCCGUGGUAAACGCGGCCGGCCCAAGACCAAGAAACUGGUCACUGCCGACGAUAACGACGAUCCCUCGGAGGCGCCCGUCAAGCGCAGCAGCAUCAAGGAGAUGGACGACUAUAUAGCCGCCAAUGUUAAGCUGGACUGUGCCAUUUGCACCGCUCCGCUGGAGGAUUUCAACGAUCUCAAGCGCCACUUUCGUGUGGAGCACGACUGCACCGGCUAUGUGAAGUGCUGCAAUAAUCGAUACAAGAAGCGGACACUGUACGUCGACCAUCUGCACUGCCACAAGGAUCCGCAGUAUUUUAGCUGCCAGAGCUGCCGCAAGAACUUCCUCAAUCGUAACAGUCAGGUGAUGCACAUGCUGCGCUUCCACUCGCAGCAGCAGGAGCUGGUUCACCAGUGCGCCAUCUGCGAGGCGCGCUUCGCCAAGAAGUUCCUCCUGACCAUGCACCUCAAGGGGCACAAGGGAACCGAAAGGCCCGAGGUGUGCGACACCUGCGGCAAGACAUUCCGCACCAAGUUCGAGUUGAGCGCCCAUGUCAAACGGAUGCAUGCAGCGGACUUUACGCCAAUUAUUUGCGAUAUUUGCGGGACACACUUUAGGAGCAAAGCCAACUUCCUCAUCCACAAGAAGGCGCUGCAUCCGGACGGGCCCGUGGCGGAGGUGCAGUGUACCCUGUGCGGCCGCUGGCUGCGGGACGAGCGGAGCCUGCGCAAGCAUCUGGCACGCCACGAUGACCGCGACGGCGACACUAAGUACCGAUGCCUGCUCUGCAAUGCAGAGAAGUCAUCCCGUGCCGCACUCAGCAGCCACAUGCGGUACCAUCACUCCGCCAAGCGGCACAAGUGCAGUCUCUGCGAUAAGGAGUUCAAGCUGCCGCGGGCUUUAGCCGAGCACAUGGCUACACACACGGGCAUCGAUCUGUAUCAAUGCCAGUUCUGCACGCGCACCUUUAAGUCGCACGCCAACAUGCACAACCACAAGAAGAAGAUGCAUCCAAACGACUGGGUGCGGAAGUACUCACAGCCCAGUAGCAGCAUAACCUCCGCAGCAGCUCCAGCUGCUCAUGCUCCCACUCCUGCUGCAGUGGCUCCUGCUCCUGCGCCUUUAGUCGGACAUAUGCUGCCGCCGCUGGGAGGGAUUAACAAGUCCCUGAUUGAGAUACCCGAUCCCGAGGGCUUUGACUUUGUCAGCAACAGCUCCGUAUGCCCAACGCCCGACUGAAUCUGUGUAUGUCUGUCUCUGUGUACUUUGUGUAUCCAUUCCCUGGCUGGGAUUUAUGUAUAAAACCGUACAAAUAAAAUUGAGUAAUUACUGUA